AUGAUAGUUAUUAGAAAACAGCCCGCCGAUCGGGAUGAAGAGUUUACCGCUCGAGAGGAUAUACUCGAUGAAAUCGAAGCCAAAUUCCAAUCUGAGCCCAUUGUUGGUCUCACAGGUGUCGGAGGCGUAGGGAAAUCGCAUAUCGCCCUAGAAUAUUUCCACAGAUUCAGCGAGAAGUUCCCGGAAUGUUCGGCAAUUUGGAUUGCCUCGAGAACCAGAGCCCGCUUCAUAGAACAGUACAGAGAGCUGGUCGAGACACUCGGAUUUAAAAAUUUACAAGACCAAGCUCCUGAAAAAGUCAUAACAUUUGUGAACGACUGGCUUUGUCAGCAAGGCAACGAAUGGCUGCUGGUGAUCGAUGAUGCACAGCCUGAAAUUUCACAUCCCGAGGAUGCUUCUUCAGGUUCCACUCGCGCGAUGAAAAAAGACUGGUUAACUUUGUCAAAGUGUCUUCCGGAGAUGAAAGCUUUUUGUGCUACAAAAUCCUUCCGGCGCGUGCUCUCACAGUCACCUGAGAACUUUAGAACACUAUACCCUACGGAGGGUUCAAAUCAAACCACAGACAGGCGCAGAAUUCUCUUUACUUCGUCUGAUCAGGAAAUGAUAGACUCUCUGCUUAACUACAAGGUUGAAAACUGUAUACAUGUCGACCCUCUAAGCAAAGAAGACGCAAUCACUCUUGCAAAUACGAAAUUUGGAAAUCGUGGAGUACAGGCCCAGAUAUCACAGCUCGUCGAGUUGCUGGGUCGAAUUCCCCUCGCAAUUGUUCAAGCUGUGGCCAUAAUAAAAAGCCGACAAACGGUUUCCAUUUCAAGUUUUAUUGAGAGGUGGAAUCAUUUUCAACAAGAAUUGGUGAAUCAAAAUCAGAGUACAAUUAAAAGAGGGGGGGAAACUACAAAGGCAAUAUCAUAUACUUGGCAAUUAUCAUUGGAGCAAAUUCGGAUCACCAAUCCAUCUGCUGUCGGCCUUCUUUCCUCAAUGUGCUUCCUAGAUCCUACAGGAAUCAGUGAGGAUUUAUUCCCAAAUGAUCCCGAAUCUCCGGAUAUUACGGACAAAAUGGAGCCCCUGCUUCGCCUUUCCCUCGUGUCCCCUCUACAGAAGCUAGAAGCAACAGAGAGAUCUUCAGAUUUCCAGAUGAUAGCGUUAGUCCAGGCCGCUAUAAUAUCCUGGCUGCGUACCGAAAAUAGAUUCGAAGCAUCUUUAGAGGCUGUGCUCAAAGUUCUAUCAACAAACUUUGAGGAUGGUGAAUUCUCCAAUGAGAAUCAGUGGAAGCGAUAUUCCGGUCUUAUCCCUCACGUCGAUAAAGUCCUGAGAGACUUCCCCCCGACUGAGAGUAACUCAGAUGAGAUGAACAGUUACCGCGCAAGACUAUUGCGUGCCUAUACAAAGUAUCUAUGGCGCCAAGGGCAACUGCAUCAGCUUGAGAAUCUUUGCGACCAAGCGAUCAACUUCCAUAGCGAUUAUAUCAACGACUCCAGACUCCUUUUACAAUGCGAAGCCCUCAAGGGAUCAUUUUAUCAGAGCACUGGCGAUCUCAACAAGGCUGAGGAAGUUCAAUCUAAGGUCUUGUCAAAGAGAGAAAAGGAGUUCGGUCGGCGCGACCCGGAUACCCUUAGCAGCAGAAAUGAUCUAGCACAAGUUUUAAGGAAUCGGGGAGAGUUCAAUAGGGCAAAAAAAGAAUUUCGAAAAGCAUUUCGAGGCAGAAGAAGGAAACUUGGCCUCCAGAACAAAUACACUCUCGAUAGUAUGAGCGAUCUCGGCCAGAUACUAUACGACCUGAAACAGAUUCCAGAAGCUGAGAGGAGGACUCAAAAAGCCCUUAACUUAAAAAAGGAAUAUUUAGGUCCCCAGCAUCCUUCCACUCUAGCAACCAUGUUGCAAUUAGGACAUAUAAAUGCAUUCAAGAAAGACCCCGAAUAUAUCGAAGCGGCUAAAAAACUAUACCAAGAAGCAUUUGACGGUUUCACGGCAGCUUUGGGCGCAGAGCAUCGUGAUACACUAAUCACGCAUAGCUACCUUGCUGAUCUCCUAUUACAACAAAAGAGCUUCAAGGAAGCCGGAAUAAUCUAUUCGACGGUGUUGGCGGUCUACGAGAAAACAUUCGGCGACCUCGACCCCGAAACAUUGACAACUAUGGUAAACCUUGCGACGGCACUGCGGCGCAAAAAAGAUCUGAGAGGAGCUGAGGAAUAUUAUCGAAAAGCCUUCGGUAAGAUGCAGGAAAUGGAAAGGAAACUCGAUGUGAAACAUAUAAGCCUAUUAGUUUGCCUUAAUGGCUUUAUCAAAGUGCUACAAGAAUUAGUUAUAUUAGAGUCUCUCAAUGAAGAAGAGAAGGCUUUGCUUUCGAAAGAGUUACAGGAACUAACCACUUAUCGGGAAGAUUACAAGGCCGCCAGGUCCAACUCGGCUGGGAAGCGGUCACAAAGUCACACUGGUAACGCGCGCCGGAGACAUUAUUUCCCUUUCGUUAUGCGCUUCCUGGGCUAUCUUUCGACAUGGAAUAUCGAAUCCAAGCUUUUCUAG